ACCACAGCACACAGAAUGAACCAGUUGGACGAGAAUUUGUCCAAGCACAUAAGUGGCAUACCAACAACAGCUAACAACAAAAUGGUCAAGAUCGAGGAGGAACAGCAACAGCAACAGCAACAACAACAGCCGGACAGUGCUGUCGCCAAAUGCGGAGAACAGCCAGCUGACUUUGAGACAGCCAUCGAUGCUGCUGGUUUUGGCAUGUUUAAUAUAUUGCUGCUUCUUGUGGCUGUGUUCGCUGCGAUGGCCACCGUGUAUGAAACAUCUACCAUGUCGUAUAUAUUGCCCAGUGCUGAAUGUGAUCUGAAGUUGAGCCUGCUUGAUAAGGGUAUAUUGAAUGCCAUCACAUAUGCUGGCAUGAUAUCAUCGGCCAUCUUUUGGGGCUAUGUGGCCGAUACGAAAGGACGAAAGAAGCUGUUAAUAUUCGGUUAUGUGGCCGAUACGAUUUGUGUGGUGGGCUGUGCCCUCAGCCAGAACGUGGUACAGCUCCUGAUCUUCAAGUAUCUAGGCGGUUUCAUUAUGAGCGGACCCUUUGCCGUACUGAUGACAUAUUUAACGGAGUUUCAUGGACGACAAUAUCGUCAGCGCAUUAUGAUGAUGGUUGGCAUUAUGUUUUGCAUUGGCACACUCAGUUUGCCCGGAUUGGCCAUGGGCAUAUUGCCGCUCAGCUUGGAUAUAAACAUAUGGGGUCUAUCAUUGCAUGCCUGGCAGGUAUUUGUCGCAAUCACUGCUAUGCCUAGCAUCUUGAGCUGUGCAUUCUUCCCCUUCUUUCCGGAGAGCCCCAAGUUCUUAAUGUCUCAGGGACGCAACCAGGAGGCACUGGAGGCCUUCAAAUUCAUAUAUGCACUGAACACACGUCAGCCCCGGGAUGCAUUUCCAAUCAAACAGCUGGCCAAUGAAGUGCCAGCGAAACCCAAUCCCCAGCAGCCAAUCUCCGACCCAGAGUCUGAACCAAACAAGGGCCAGCUGAAAGUGGCAAAGAGCUCACUGCAUUCGGGACUACUACAGUUGCGUCCGCUCUUCGUCAAACCCUAUCUGAGCCUGUCCCUCAUGGUUUACUUGCUCAACUUUUGCGUUCUAUUGGGGCAAAACACGAUUCGUCUUUGGAUGCCACAGCUCUUUGCCUCCAUUACCGAAUACGAUCAGUUGAUUAGCAACCAGCUGCCGGAGGGCAGCGAUGGAGGCACGAGCAUUUGCAACAUCGUCGAGUUCAGUGUGAAUCGCACAAGGGUGCAACUGGAUGCAGCUGCCCUCGAUAAUCCACUGGCCAAAUGUUCAGUCAACAUUAGCGCCGCCGCAUACACAAACAAUUUAAUUGUGGCCUCUGCUGGCUUAGUCUCUUAUAUACUCGCCGGUUUCCUGGUCAAUCUAGUCGGCGUCAAGCGGAUAAUGUGCCUGUGCCUCUUCACUGCCGGCUCGUGCUCCUUGGGCAUGUACUGGUCAAGCACAUCUGCUGCUACAGUGGCGCUGGCUUCUGGAUUUGUUACAAUGGGCAGCAUUGCGGGCACAUCACUGAUCAGCGCCUCACUCGGCAUGUUUCCCACCGCGUUACGCACAAUGAUCGUCUCGCUGAGCAUGAUGGUGGGUCGCAUGGGCUCCUUGUCGGGUAAUAUCUUUUUCCCGGCACUUAUGUCUUUGGGCUGUCUUCCACCCUUUCUGAUGGUCAGCUUUUUUAUGUUCUUUGCUUGCUUGCUGGGCUCAUUUUUGCCGGUGAAGAACAAGGCGAUACUAAAGUAACUCAAUUUCCAUAUUCAUCAACAUUCAAGGACUGCUUCAUAGAGUCGAUGAUUAUUUAAGUUAGUUAGUAGUUGUAUUUAAUUUUGUGUGAUUUUGUUAUUU